AUGAAAUGGAAAACAGUGCAAAAAAAAUGUGGUCAACAGAAGGAACCAGGAAGUGAUUGCACAGAACAGAGGGCUUUGCUUUUAUUCUUACUUCUGUGGCAGGCAUUGUUAAAGUUGCAGACAGGGCUAUUGUUCUACUCUUACAGUUUUUCAAGCUGUUCUUAUCUGGUAUUGGUAAGAUGAUGCAAGCAGAAGUUCUUAUUAACUUUGCCAAGAUCAUCCCAGAAACAUUGUACAUGAUUCGAAAAAUCUUGGCCUUCAGAAGGACAGUUUUAUUAAAAAUGCAGUUUGCCUUAAGUGUUAAACUCUAUAAUUUUGAUGAAUGUGUUUGCCAAAGGCCAAAUGGUGAGGUUGUAUCAGCAAAAUGCAGUCAUGUGAGUUAUCCACGCCACCCACAUUAAGCCCGAAGGAGGCCAUGUGGUUCCGUUCUGAUGAAAGUUAUGAGGUCAAGAGCAGGAAAGACAUUCUUGUAUCCUAGGCAGGUUUACUGCUUUAAAAAGGUUACUGACUCAUUACAAGACCUUAUUAACAAGCCAAACUUCAUGGAAAACUGUGAAAAGUGGAGAAAUUGUUCCACUCAGCUGUCAGACAAUGUUCUUGGAGACUGUUUUGAAGGAAGAGUUUGGAAAGAGUUUCAGUAUGUGGAUGGAGAGCCCUUUCUUGCUAUACCAAAUAACUUUGCUCUCAUGUUGAACAUUGACUGGCUUCAGCCCACUCUUCAUGGUUCAAAAUCCAUUUGUGUCAUUUACAUGGUUGUAAUGAACCUUCCAAAAAAGGAACGCUUCAAACCUGAAAAUCUUAUUGUUGUUGGAAUAAUUCCUGGGCCAAAGGAUCCUAAGCAUUAUAUCAAUUCCUUCCUGCAGCCGUUAGUAGAUGACCUUAUUGACUUGUGGGAUGGAGUUAUCUUAGACACAAACAUUUCUGGAUCUGGGGAGAUGUUCUGAGCUGCUAUCUUAGCUUUUUCAAGUGAUAUACCAGCAACUUCGAAAUGUGGAGGUUUUAUUGGCCAUACUGCAAAGAAAGGUGAGUGCUCAAAGAUGCACUAUAACUAAAGUGUUUUAUAAAAUUUAAUAAUAACUCCUUGGUUAUUUUUUUUUUUGUAUUUGUGUAUGUAUACCUACCAACUCACAUGUCUUGGGAAUCAAAAAUAAUCGAUCUCAAGUCAGCCCUCACCAGCUGACCAAUUCCUCACACCUAGCAGAAAAGUUUGAGCUAAUACAUCCUUUGACUUUUAGAAGGGAAGUGCUAGAGAUGAGGUUGUGUUUUCAUGUGUUAGGAAGUUUGGAAUUGUUUGGGACUGCAUUCGAAGUCUUUGGAUUAUCUCCAGAUAUGAUUAGGUUCUCCAUCAAAAAUCCUGGCACUUGUAGGAUAAAAAUCUCGCACCCUUGGCUCAAAAAAGGUUGGCAGGUAUAUGUUUGUUGUGUGUGUAAAUACAUGCUUGUUGCACUGGCAUCAUUGUUUAUAUGGUGUUUUACUAUAUUUUCAGGAUGCAGCAGAUGCUUUAAAAAAUUUCCAAGAGCAUCAUUUGGUGAUAAACCUGAUUUCUCAGGAUUUGAUAGAGAAAGCUGGGAACAGCAAUCUAAUGAAGACCAUGGAGCAUCUGCAGAGAAAGUUUGCCAAGCUAAAACACCAAGUAAUGCCCAGAAAUUUGCCUCUUCAAGUGGAGCACAUUACUCUGUCCUGUUCCAGCUUCCAUACUAUGAUGCUAUAA